GCCACCGGUCCCGUCGGCCGUCUCAUCCCUCCAUCACUCCAUCGUCCCUCCAUCAUCCCUCCAUCAGGAUGGAUGAAGACAGACACGUUCCUGAAGACCUGUCGCUGCAGGAGCGAGAUGAGCUGUCCAACAUUCGGCGGAGGAAGAGAGAGCUGCUGGACGAUAUCCAGAGGUUAAAGUUGGAGAUAGCGGAGGUCAUGACGGAGAUCGACCAGCUGACGUGUGUUGGAGACAGUAAAACGGCACAGCGAAACAAACAGAUGGCCAUGGGCAGGAAGAAGUUCAACAUGGACCCGAAGAAGGGAAUCCAGUUCCUGCUGGAUAAUGACCUCCUGCAGAACACCCCGGAAGACAUCUCCCAGUUCCUGUACAAGGGAGAAGGCCUCAACAAGACGGUCAUUGGAGACUACCUCGGGGAGCGAGAUGACUUCAACAUCAAGGUUCUUCAGGCUUUCGUGGAGCUGCAUGAGUUUGCAGACCUCAACCUCGUUCAAGCGCUACGGCAGUUUCUGUGGAGCUUCCGUUUGCCAGGCGAGGCCCAGAAGAUAGACCGGAUGAUGGAGGCCUUUGCAGCACGGUACUGCCAGUGUAAUCUGGGUGUUUUCCAGUCAACAGACACGUGUUAUGUUCUGUCGUUCGCCAUCAUCAUGCUGAACACCAGCCUGCACAACCCCAACGUCCGGGAUAAACCGCCGGUGGAGCGCUUCAUCUCUAUGAACCGAGGCAUCAACGAGGGGGGAGACCUGCCUGAGGACCUUCUCAGGAAUCUAUAUGACAGCAUCAAGAAUGAGCCCUUCAAGAUCCCAGAGGAUGAUGGGAAUGAUCUGACGCACACUUUCUUCAACCCCGACAGAGAAGGCUGGCUGCUGAAGCUCGGAGGUGGGAGAGUGAAGACGUGGAAGAGGAGGUGGUUCAUUCUGACUGACAACUGUCUCUACUACUUUGAGUACACCACAGAUAAGGAACCUCGAGGGAUUAUUCCUCUGGAGAACCUCAGCAUCAGAGAAGUGGACGAGCCCAGAAAACCAAACUGUUUUGAGCUCUACAACCCCAGCCACAAGGGUCAGGUGAUCAAGGCCUGCAAGACGGAGGCAGACGGGCGGGUUGUUGAGGGAAACCAUGUGGUGUACAGGAUCUCUGCCCCCACGCCGGAGGAGAAGGAGGAGUGGAUUAAAUCCAUCAAGGCAAGCAUCAGCCGGGACCCCUUCUACGACAUGCUGGCCACGCGGAAACGGAGGAUAGCCAAUAAGAAAUGA